AUGAGUACGGCAACGUCAACUAUUGUAGGAGCAUUAGCAUGUCAAAAGAAUUCAUUUUUGAAGACCCUAAACACGAAAGUUGUAUCUAGUUAUGAGUUUGCAUCACCAUUGCCCAGUUCCAAGGAGAACGGCAAGAAGUCGUCAUCAUCGAUUGAUAAGGAGAAGCUCAAAUAUGGAGUGGAACUAGAAGAUACGAUUUUGUUCCCCGAGGGAGGUGGCCAACCUUUUGAUAAAGGGACUAUUACAAUUUUGAAUGAUUCUGAGAAAUGUACCAUUGAAGUUAAAUCUAUAUUGAGAGAUAAGUUGAAAGCUGUCCAUAUAGUGGAGGAGCCAAUCAAACAAGGUACAUUAGUACAACUCAAUCUAGAUUGGGAUCGAAGAGUAGAUAUAAUGCAACAACACACGGGACAACACUUGCUCUCGGCUGUUUUUGAUACUUACAAAAUGGAGACUUUGAGCUGGUCAAUGGGUGAUCAAAUUAACUACAUUGAAUUACCAAAAAAAAUAGAUGACUCAAUUGUAGAGGAAGUUCAAAAUAAAGUUAACCAAUUAAUAUUUGAAGCUCAUCCUAUUGAAGUGGUCACACUAGAAGGGGAGGCGGGAACGGAAAAGGGAACGGAAACUAAAACGGGAACGGGAGUCGAUCUAGAUACAAGCCACCUUCCUCAAGACUAUGAUCAAGACAAGGGUAUUAUCCGUAUUGUUAAGAUAGGUGACCUUGAUUCGAAUCCAUGUUGUGGAACUCAUUUAUCAAAUACUUCUCAAAUACAAUCAAUCGUUCUCUUGAAUCAAACUUCUAUUCGUGGAGGACACUCUAGAUUAUAUUUCACGUGUGGAUCAAGAGUCACUAAGUUGACUAGUGAUUAUUACGAUAUAUUAAAAACUAUUUCUGGUUUGCAAUUAUCUUGUCUGAUUGAUAAUGUUGUGGCCAAAGUUGAUCAGUUGAACUCUAAUUACAGAAAAGCCAACUCUACAAUUAAUGCGUUGAAUAAGGAAUUGGCCAACAUAAAAGCUACCGAGAUAUUCAAGAAAUUCAAAUAUAACAAAGCAAGUGUGGCAUACGUUUAUAGAGAUGAUAGUAGCAAUCCCGAAUUCUUUGCUCACUUGCUGAAGGAAUUGAUGACCAUGAUCAAUGCAGACAAAUCAAGUGGUGUUGAUAUUGCUAAUACACACACUUUAGUUUUACUAAAUGGGCAAACCUCAACUGGAGGAAUGUUGAAAAUAACAGGUCCAAAAGCUACCGAAAUUUCAACCGAACUUAAGAGCAGGAUAGGGACAUUGAAGGGUGGCGGUAAAGGCUCUUCAUACCAGGGUAAAGUCACCAAAUAUGAAAAAGGUGAAAUAGAAUCAGUCAUCGUGUAUUUAGAUUCCAUACUAUAA